UUGAAACUCAGUUGCCAAAAGUGUCCAGUAAUUGAUGGUCAUAUUGAUGAUGAUGACAUUUAUGGUAAUGGUGUUAAUAAUGAUAUGGUGAUAUGGGGAUGGUGAGGGUGUUGGUAAUGAUAUUCUUGGUGAAGACAGUAUUUAUGAUGACUGACUAUUUUGUCCAAUCGUUUGUGAUGACAUCGCAUUUGUUUACAGCGAUGAUGAAAUAUGAGAACGAUAACGGAAGCAAGCGAAACGUUGAUCAUUGAUGGCGAUUUUAACAAUGAUUCGUUGCAUAAUUUUCCGACUUCUUAUUUAUCAUAUAAGCAAUGACACUGACUCUUGCUCACUGGCUUGUAAACCGUUUAAAAAAAUAAGGCAAAUAGCCGUUGAACUAAAUCCAUUCAACCGUAAUCAAAACCUAAUUACAUUUCGUCAACUUGAAAAAGGCUUCAAAGAAUGGCAACCAAAAAAUAUUAUAAAAUGAAAAAAUUAAAAUUACAUCCAAGAAAGUCGUUCCUUUAUGCUUUCAUUUUAAGUCGUUAGAAUCUUGCAUAAAAUUGAAAACCAAGAUAAAUAGAGCAACUUUUUUGCCUUUUUGCUUGUCUAGAGAAGUAUCUCUCACGGCAACUGGUAUUUAGAAUUGUUUUAUGCUCUUGGAAUGCGAUCGAUCAGCCUCAACCAAUAGCAUUUCUUCGUUCAUAUUCAUAGCUUAAAUUAAUUAUGCUGUUUUAAAUUUUGAAACAGGUCUCUUUGCUGUUCACCGAGUAAAACAACUAUCCUAAAAAUUUAUUCUUCGCUUUUUCUUGUUUUUUAAAAAGCGAGAAAUUUUCUUUAGGAAAUUCCUAGUUUAGCUUCUGCAACAUAGAGAAUGAAACUUUGACGUUUUGAUCUCUGGCGAUUAUAUUUUUGUUGGCUUGGAAUUGAGUUUCCCGAUCAAGCAGGACAAUUAGAUCACAACCAUCAGAGCAAAACUAACGAGAGAAAAACAACAUGGAUUUCGAUUCAAGUUUCAUCAACUGUAGACGACUUCUUUUUAUUGUUUUUACCGUCUUUCAAAUCGUAAAUCCUAUAAGAGGUGACAGUCUUUUGGAUUUAAUAAGAGUUCCUCGUUCGGGCCCGCCAUUGGCGAGAAAUCAAAACCCUGUAUGUCGUAAAGCACAGAUGCUUCACAGUGACAUUUUAAAGAACGCGUCCCUUGAAGGCCAACUCAAAGCCGGGAACUUCACCUAUUUUGGCGUGGUUCACAACAUGGAAGAAUGCAUGGGAAUGUGUUGUUCAAGCAAGAAGUGCCAACUGGCGUAUCUAGAUAAAGAUAAAUGUUAUGGCGUAAAGUGUUUUAAUGAGAAAAUGUGCAAAGUUACAGCAGGCAUUGGUACGGACGACGUUAAGAUUUCCUUGAUGGUUAAGAAUGAUAUAAACAAAAAAGCGUAUGUUACAGCUUAUAUUGUAGUGGUAGUCGUUGCUUUCGGCGCUGCUAUCAGCGGCACAGUAUGGGCCGUGUUCAUUUUUGUUAAAAGGUAUCGAGAUGAUCCACAUGCGCCAAAAAAAGUAAAUUCAAAAGAUACCGAAGAGGAAGGCGAACCUAAGGGUGAAGCAAAGGUCUACUAAUAAACUUUGCACAAGAAAUUAAAAUCGAAUAACGAAAUAAAGACUGAAAAUACAUCUACAACUACUUGUUGAUGGUUUUCCAAAUUUGUAGGAAAACGAGCAUGAUAUUUAAGACACUUGCCCAAAAUGAUGCUCUAGAAUUACAGAGGUCACAGCAUCAAUGAAUGUCGAGUUUGGCUGGUUAUAGAUAGAUAAAUGCAUGGUUGUCGAUGCAUUUUGCUAUUCCUGGAUUCGAAGGGAGAUCAUAAUUGAACCCAAGUCUCAAAGCGUUACUGCUCAUUUCAAAUGUUCGUAAUACUGUAAUUAGUAAAGUUGCCAAAAUUGUUGAGAUGGAGCAUGCUUAGUAGAGGUUUCCACAGUCGUUUGCCGCAGUAUCUUCGACAGAACGCUGAAAUGUAAAUUACUUUCAAAUAUAUAAAUGUAAAGCCUGGAAUACGACAUGGGAGAGCCUACGUAGCCAGCAGUUGAUGUGCUGAUUCAUAAAAAUACAAUGGAUUACAACAGAUUGAACGACAAUAGAUUACUGGAUACAUCACAUCUACUGUGUGCUAUGUAGGUUCUCCCAAUGCGACAUUAACUCACUAUGAUGUGACCAUUAUGUUUUUACAAAUAAAUAUUUCCUAAAGCUCAA